CGUCCACACUAGCAUGAACAGCGGUAUGCUGCCUCCGACCCUGUUCGGCUCAUCCAAGCGGAAAGUAAGAUCCGGACGCGACGAGGAAGAUGGCGGAGAGGAGCAUCCCAAGUUCAGGGAGACGAUAUGUACAGACGACAGCGACUGCCGCCCACCCCAAACCGGAACCGUAUGCGCCCGCAAGCCCCGGCAGUACGCAGCUCGGCCUCGAUCUGCGACUCCCACCUCGAGCAACGACGAACGGGAACAGCGAAACUAUCACCCCGCGAGCGAGCUCGCGAAACGGUCACGAUCAAAUUCCGCCCGGCCUGCCCACAAACCACUUAUCCGGCUCGACAGCCUCCGACACCAGUGCUCGCUUCCCGGAGCCAGUGAGCGCGCCCCGCAGGCCCGUGCCACCACCGCCGCACGACCCACUCGCACCCGCACACAGGCACGGCGACGGGUUCGCUGCCGUCCUCCGCUCCCUCCGCUCCCUGACGCCGUCCCUGGAGCACCUCGCUGUGCAGCUCCGGGCGGCGGGCAUCAAGGACGCGGAGCGGCUGCGCGUGGUGGCGUCGUGGGAGAGGCGGAGGAAGUGGCUUGUGGGCACUCUGCGGAUGA